AGUAAAGGUUACAAGUUGCAAGUACCGGUGUCAAAGCAAAUUAAUUCAAUUCAAUUUCAAUUUGUUGAGAUUAUAGUUCUUUGCAUUUACGAAAAGUGAUAGAUAUUUUAAAAAAUGUGUGAUGAUUGGGAUGAUAAUGCUCCUAUUGAAAUGCCACAAGGCAAUUAUGAAAACAGACCGAUUUGUUCACAAAAUUUUAGUAACAGCAACUUCCGAGCGGCUCGUGGAAAUGGUAGAAACAACGAGAGAAAUACAAGAUUUCAGAGAAAUAACAGAUAUAACAAUUCUUACGGAAAUGGCGAAAAUUCUUCUAAUAGGUCAGAUGGUUUAUAUAGAAAUAACAGAUUUAAAGAAAAUAAAACCUCAUGGGGAAAUAGCUCUAACAUGACUGAAAAUGAUCAGACUGAAACUAUUAAUGUCCCUUCGAAAUUUAUUGGAAGGAUUAUUGGUCGAGGAGGAUCAAAAAUCAAUGAAUUACAAUCAGAUUCAGGGGCAAAAAUUCAAGUGACGAAAGAUAUAAUUGGAGACGACACUGUUGUCAAAAUAUUUGGAAAUCAAGAUUCAAUAGACAAAGCUAAAUCGCUUAUCAAUUCUUUGACUACUGAUACAACUGAAAUGGUGAGAAUUAACAGUAAUCCACCCCCACUACAAGAAGAAAAAAAAGUUGUAGACUGGAAGACUCUUCUUAAGGAGUGUGAAGAAGCAGAACAGGCUGAAUGGGAUAAAUAUCCACAAAUAAAAAAGCAGUUCUAUGUGGAACACCCAGAAGUGACUGAUUUAACUGAAGAAGAAGUUCAACUUUUCCGUCAAGAAAACAACAACAUCGUCGUUGACAGAACAUUCAAAAAAGAAAACAGUCUUCCGAUACCCAAACCUUGCCCUAAAUUCAUUCAUGCUUUCUUUAAUUAUCCUGAAAUUCUGAGUGAAAUUGAAAAGGUAGGAUUUCAAACACCGACACCAAUUCAAGCGCAAGCCUGGCCAGUAUUGUUAAGUGGAGAAGACCUAAUAGGUAUUGCUCAAACAGGGACAGGGAAGACAUUGGCGUUCUUGUUACCUGCAUUAAUUCAUAUUGACGGCCAACCAGGAAAUCGGUCAGAACGAGGAGGACCAGCGGUGUUAGUAAUGGCACCUACAAGAGAACUUGCUCUUCAAAUUGAUAAAGAAGUAAAAAAGUAUUAUUACAGGGGCAUUACAUCAGUUUGCGUAUAUGGAGGAGGAAACCGCAGGGAACAAGUUAAAACAGUCACAGAUGGAGUAGACAUAGUUAUAGCUACGCCUGGACGUUUAAAUGAUUUAUAUGAAGCAGGGCAUUUGAAUGUGAAGACGGUCACAUAUGUUGUAUUAGACGAAGCAGAUCGCAUGUUAGAUAUGGGAUUUGAACCACAGAUUCGCAAAGUUAUGUAUGCGAUCAGACCAACCAGACAGACUGUAAUGACGAGCGCCACAUGGCCUCCGGGGGUGAGGCGGCUAGCUGAUUCCUACAUGAAUGAUCCCAUUCAAGUUUAUGUGGGCAGUUUAGAUUUAGCAGCUACACACACCGUUACUCAGAUCAUCGAAAUGAUGCCAGAUGAUGAUGAAAUCAAAUUGCAAACUUUGAUGGAUUUUGUCCGCAAUAUGAGUCCAGAUCAAAAAAUGAUCGUUUUCUGUGGAAAAAAAUCACGUGCCGACGAGAUAUCUUCAGAAUUAGUACUUGCUGGCAUAGAUUGCCAAUCCAUACAUGGCAAUAGAGAACAAAGCGAUAGAGAACAAGCACUGAUAGAUAUCGCUAACGGCACUGUUAAAAUUCUUAUAGCGACUGAUGUAGCAUCUAGAGGAUUGGAUAUAGAUGAUAUUACGCAUGUAUUGAAUUACGAUUUUCCGAAAAAUAUAGAAGAAUACGUUCACAGAGUAGGCCGCACGGGUAGAGCAGGCAAGUUGGGAGAAUCCAUUAGUUAUUUCACAAGAAAUGACUGGGGGCAAGCUAAGGAUCUUAUUAAUAUAUUAGAAGAGGCUCAGCAGGAGAUUCCACAUGAAUUACAUAAUAUGGCAGAGAGGUAUACUGUCUGGAAGGAGAAGAAAGAUAGCAGCGGAAGAGGCACAGGAAGGGGUAGAGGCGGUUUUGGUGGAAGACGCUGGUGAAUCUCAUUUUCUUUAGUUAAUUUAAAAGAAUUUCAAUUAUAUUUUGUUAGUUCUUGUAUGCAACUUUAUUUAUAUUAUUUUUUAUGUGACAUUUGUAGUAUUAUACCUCGACGAGGAAAAAUAUAUGAAUCGUAAUGGGAA